UGUUUGUCCUUGUAGAUGGCUCCUCUAUAUACAACCACGACCACCACCAUCACAGCACCUCCCUCCGUAAGCCUGCAGAAUGGACGAGAGAGGCUGAAGACCGUGCCUCUCUACCUGGAAGAAGACAUCCGCCCUGAAAUGAAGGAAGAUAUACAUGACCCCAGCUACCAGGAUGAGGAGGGGCCCCCGCCCAAGCUGGAGUACGUCUGGAGGAACAUCAUCCUUAUGGCCCUGCUGCACGUGGGAGCCCUGUAUGGGAUCACGCUGGUUCCCUCCUGCAAGGCCUACACCUUGCUUUGGGCAUUUCUGUACUACAUGAUCAGCAUUAAGGGCAUCACUGCUGGAGUCCAUCGCUUGUGGUGCCACAGAACGUACAAAGCACGGCUGCCACUGCGGGUCUUCCUCAUUAUUGCUAACACUAUGGCUUUCCAGAAUGAUGUGUACGAAUGGGCCCGAGAUCACCGUGCCCACCACAAGUUCUCAGAGACACACGCCGACCCUCACAACUCCCGGCGUGGCUUCUUCUUCUCUCACGUGGGCUGGCUGCUUGUGCGCAAACACCCGGCUGUCAAAGAGAAGGGCGGACAACUGGACAUGUCUGACCUGAAAGCUGAGAAGCUGGUGAUGUUCCAGCGGAGGUACUACAAGCCUGGUGUCCUGCUGUUGUGCUUCAUACUGCCCACAUUGGUGCCCUGGUAUUGCUGGGGAGAAACUUUUCAAAGCAGUUUGUAUGUUGCCACUUUACUGAGAUAUGCCACAGUGCUGAACGGCACCUGGUUGGUGAACAGUGCCGCCCAUCUCUAUGGCUUUCGCCCUUAUGACAAGAACAUCCACCCCCGGGAGAGCGCCCUGGUUUCCUUUGGAGCUCUGGGCGAGGGCUUCCACAACUACCAUCACACCUUCCCCUAUGACUACUCCGCCAGUGAGUACCGCUGGCACGUCAACCUCACCACGUUCUUCAUCGACUGCAUGGCUGCCCUUGGCCUGGCUUAUGACCGGAAGAGAGUGUCCAAGGCCGCCGUGUUAGCCAGGAUUAAAAGAACUGGAGAUGGGAGCCACAAGAGUGGCUGAGUGAGCUAAGUGCGGUGGUGC